AUGAGGUUCUUAUCAGCUGCCAGCGUCUUGGUUCUUACCGCCCCUCUUGCAAACGCAGCCGCAUUCUCUAUCUUCGAUCCCACGCAGGCUUCACUGAAGCCGACCGAUAACGAGAAGUACCCAGUGAAUGGUGACAACCCAUUGCAGUACUGUGCCAAACCAGACAGUUACAAAAUCGAGAUCGAGUCGGUGGAUCUGGCACCUAACCCACCUCUACCAGGAAAGAAGUUGACAAUCUCCGCCAAAGGUACCCUGCUCGAGAGAAUCGAGAAGGGCGCUACCGUGAACCUGGAAGUGAAGUGGGGUCUCAUCACUUUGAUUAAGCAGACCGUCGACCUAUGCGAUGAGCUUAAGAACGUGGACCUCGAAUGCCCCCUCGAGAAGGGCGAGAUGAUCUUGAAGAAGGAGGUGGACUUGCCCAAGCAGAUCCCACCGGGCAAAUACUCCGUUCUUGCUGAUGUCUACAACAAGGAGCAGAAGCAGGUCACUUGCCUCAAGGCGGAUGACAUCGUGUUUCACUUCUAAUCCUGUCUAUCUUAGACAUUGCUUUGCAUCCACUCACCAGGUGGCAUCUCUCGAUUUGCUG